GGAGCGGCCCCGCCCCCGGGCUGCUGCCCGGCUUCCUUCCUUCCUUCCUUCCCUCUCCCUUCCGCCGCGUUUCGCCGGGCUCGGCUCUCCCGGGCGGCGCGGCAGGCGGUGCUGCGGCCAUGUCGCUGCUGUGCUACAACCGGGGCUGUGGGCAGCGCUUCGACCCCGAGAACAACACGGAGGGUUCAUGCACAUACCAUCCUGGUGUGCCCGUUUUUCAUGAUGCUCUCAAAGGUUGGUCAUGUUGUAAGAGGAGAACAACAGACUUUUCUGACUUCUUAAGCAUUGUGGGCUGUACAAAGGGUCUCCAUAACAGUGAGAAACCUCCUGAGCCUGUUAAACCAAAAGUCAAAACUACCUCUGAACGAAAGGAGCUAGCUGAACUGAAACCCAAAUUUCAAGAACACAUAAUUCAAGCACCAAAACCGUUGGAAACAAUUAAGAGACCAAGCCCAGAUGAGCCAAUGACAAAUUUGCAGCUGAAAGUGUCAGCUUCCUUGAAACAAGCUCUUGAUAAACUGAAACUGUCAUCAGAAAAUGAAGGGAGAAAAGAGGAAGAUGGUGAUGAAAUCAAGAUUGGGACAGCAUGUAAAAAUUCAGGCUGUUCAAAAACAUACGAAGGACCACACAGCACAGAGGAAGUAUGUAUAUACCAUUCUGGUGUACCUAUAUUCCAUGAAGGGAUGAAGUAUUGGAGCUGUUGCAAAAGAAAAACUUCUGACUUCAAUACAUUUUUAGCUCAAGAAGGCUGCACAAGAGGAACACAUGUGUGGACUAAAAAGGAUGCAGGUACAAAAGUAGUUCCGUGCAGGCAUGAUUGGCACCAGACUGGAGGAGAAGUGACUGUUUCUGUAUAUGCUAAAAACUCUGUCCCUGAUCAGAGCUACGUAGAAGCUAAUAGCACGAUGGUAAAUAUCCAUAUUGUAUUUGAAGGAGAAAAAGAGUUUCAUCGUAGCGUGAAGUUAUGGGGAGUGAUUGAUGUAAAGAGGAGUUACGUGAACAUGACUGCUACGAAGAUUGAGCUCACUAUGAGAAAAGCAGAGCCCCUGCUAUGGGCGAGUCUGGAGUUACCAGUAUCCAACACACAACCGAAAAAGGAGAGUUCGGAUCAGUAGCAAUUCCAAGAGACAAGUUAUUUCCCAUGAUGAAGUGGUGACUUGCUACUGUAAUCAAAUAUUUAACUUUUAUAUGGGUUUCUUUUUUUUUAAUGCUAGUUCAUCUGUUCCCGUCUAGAAAGAAAUUUGACGCACAGUAAAUGGGGGCGUAUACUUGACAGGGUAACAGUUAUUUCUGCUCUUGCUCCCCUGGGUAUGUUUAUGCUAGAUGUAAUGUCUCCAUGGGAAUUUAGAGUAAAACAGCUAUUGCCCUUUGCUUGCAACCUUCCCUGCCAUGCACUGACUAUCCCAGUAGAUGUGCUCUCUGUUCACAGUGAGUGUCUUUGUUUUUCAGCCAUUCUGUUUACACUAGAUGCAUUUGGCAGCCUGUGUUAAAUUCAGCACUGUUAUGAAGCAUACAGUAAUGCAGAUACAAAAAUCUGAGAUUGAACUGAUUAGCAUGUAAUUCUACAUCUAGAGUAAAAUGUUACAUUAACAGAAAAUAGGAAGUUGUACACUUGUAGACUUCCAUGUUCUGAAGCAAAGGGUUUUUUCAAUUACCCGUUGGCUAUGGAGGAAUGAAAUGAACGGUGUUAUUCCAAGGAUUUCAGUACUUGUUGACUCCUGCUGUCUUUCAUAUAUCAAAGCAGAUCAGGUUAAAAUUUUUAAAAAGGUGGCAAGAAGGGAUUUUUUUUUUUACUUGUUUACAUUUGCUAUUUGAAUAGUUAAUUAUAAAAGCAAAUAUAAAAGUGAAAUGGCUGUAUAACAGCAUUUCAGCUGUGAAGAGUAUGCUAACAGGAAACUUGUAAAAUUACCAAAGUGCUGUACAUAUUUGGCAGCCUUUAGAAUGUAUAGUCUGUCCUAUUUUACAACAUCGAAGAUAUCAAGACUCAAAGUAGAUGGAUAUGUGUAGUAGGAGAAGCCAGGACACACUGUAGGUGUCUUGGUGAAACAAUUUCCACUUAGAUGUGUGUAUCUCUUGACUCUGAGAAUGGUCAUCUAAGAACUGUAGUUAUAUACAGGACAAAUCUUAGGAGAAACAACAUGCUUUAAAAUAUCUGUCUCAAAUUGUAAUUGUACCUUUGAAUCAAAUACUUUAAAAGAAUACUGUACCUUCUGAGCAGACUGUAAUUAGAAAUCAAGAUCUUAGUUUUAUUUUCAGUUUAUCAGUAAAGGUGUGUAGUUGAAAACAGGAUAGCUGUAAAAAUUGGAUUUUUUUUUAAUUCACGCAGCAACACACACAGUAACAUUACUUUCUAUUUCUGGUUGGAAUAGUUCCUUAAUUUUGGCUUGCAGCUGAAAUAAAAAUGUUUUCCUACUAAAGUAAUAAAAAAUGCACACCAUUAUUUAUUGUGCCUAAUCCUGUAUAUGUAAACAAGAGGUCUUCUGGACUGUUAAAAUGCGUGGAUGCUCAUCUACCAGCCUUGACAGACCUGGAAUAGUUUCAGGAGAAACACAUGGUGUAGUAAAGGCAUUCUGAAGUGAAAUACAGAUUUCUGAGAAUCUUGCUGUUUUCCAAUAGGUAUGAUUUGACUCAGACUUCUGUCUCUAACAGUACUUGAAGUCCUACUUCAUGCUUAAAGUAGUAGGAAAUACAUUACCAAAGAAACCAUCCCUGAACACCAAGAAGGUAACACUGGUGAUACAAAUACAUAUAUAUAUAUAUAUAUAUAUAUAUGUAUACAUAUAUAAAAUUGUUUUGGUGCUUCUCUAUCUUAAUUUCAAGAUAAUUUUUCCUCAAUUACUUAGUUUGAGCAUAUUUAUAUGCUCCCUUGGGCCCUUUUAAAAAAAUUCAGCUCUAAGUUCUGCCAUAUAGAUUCUGUUAACCUCUAAUAAUGCCCUUUUUUUCCUCUUUUUUUAAACCUAAAAAUGUCAGGUACUGCAAAGUGAUAGGGUACAAGCUUAUUAAAUAUGUGCCUGCCAGGUGGUCCUCUAAAAGUGGAACAGAUGUUCCUUGAUGUGUUCUGAACCAACAAGUGGAGUACUUAUUAGUGUGAUACUGAGAACAUCAGUGGAUGAAAAAUUCUAGAUAGCUAUAGCUACUAGCAUGCCAUCUGUGUUUGUGUGUGCAGAACUCUGAACUUGGACAGCAAAAUUAGUAGUGCUUAAAUGCCAGGAUAAAGUUCUUGUUUAACAAGCAAGUUCAAAUGUGUCUAUCCAUAUGGAUAUAUAAAUACCCUAAUUAUGUUAAAAAAAUGUGGAAAACAUUUUCUCUUAAUUUGCAUCCUCAUGUGCAGUAGGUCUACAUAAUGUAAAACCUAUUUUAAAGAACUACAUGGAAAAUGGAAUUCCUUGGGAAAACAGAAUUUCUGUUUUUAAAUUAGUCAUAUUCUAUGUUAGUGUUCUAAACCCUAAAUGGUGAGAAAUGUGGAUGAAUAGGCCAUCUGCUGUGAAUGCUGUAGGCUUUGGGGUCUUGUAACUACUUGUUACACUUUUUCAAGCUAUGUUCUACUGGUAGCUUAGUCACCUUGGCCAUAAGUGGGAGAAAGCUCCUGUAAACACAAUCUCCAAUUUUGCUUCUGCUUUUUAUUCAUUCCUCCUGCUCUUCUCCUGUUGUUCAUACUUUUAGCACAAAACUAAAGAUACUUCAGGUGUUCUGUAAUGACUCCCCCCAUCAGUGGCAAUACAACCACUUUUAAAACGUACCUGUUUAAAAAAGCAAGCAAACAAAUCAAAGAACCCAUGAACACCCCACUAGCUUUAGUCAGGCAAGAAAGUAUAGAUUGCACAAUAACAGCAUAGUUUCUGUGCCCUGGAAUGCUUUUCAAAAUAAAAGUGUAAACCUUCAGAUGGCCUAGACUGCCAUAAACUGUCUGUUUAACUGCAGCAAUUCUUAGCAGUUUCCUAUAACCACAUGUCUGCAUCUAUCCUGAAGCUGCAGGAGCUGUAUCACUUAGUGAAUUUGCAUAUUUUGAGCAGUUGCUCACAACAGGCUUCAGCACACCAAGGGUUGUUCCUGGUGUUUCACGCAGUGACAUCUUGACAUGCAUAGUGGUAGCAGACACUUUGAUAGAAUAUUGGCUUAGCUGUAACUUUUAUUAGCAAGUGUGGAGAGACGGUAAGGCCAACUGUAGUGUACUAAUCCAAUCAAGAUACUUUCCCAAAAGCAAGAUUUGUCAAGUAAGCAAAGUGAUAUUUGAUCACGGGUAUUCUCCUGUCUAAUAAUAUGAUACUAAAUUGCAAACCAGUAUGAACAGGCAUACUCGGUGUCAAAUUCAUCCUUUCUUCAUGUUCUCAGAUGUUGUGCUGUAUUUAUCAAAUUAAAUUGAUACAGUCUAACUAUAUUUUUAUAAAUAAGUGUUUAAGAGCUGUAGUGUGUUUCAGUAUGAGUUUAUGUGUUGCACUGUUGGGAAGUUCCCAGAGAGGGGAAGGUCUAAGAGAGGAGAAGUUCUAAGAGGGGAAGAUCCAAGAGAGGGGAAGGUCUAAGAGGGCGUCUGGCCCAUCGGAGACCCCUUAUCAGGGGGUUUCAAGGUGGGCUGGAACAAGACUUGGGCCAAUGGGGUCACAUACACUUGAUGUUUCAGGGGAGGGUUACAGAUGUGGAAUGAACCAUACAUUUUGGGGGUUGAGAUGGAACAGUCCGUUUGACUUUUGGACCUAUCUGUAGGUAAGGGUGUAAGGGUAUUGUCCAGCCAGUAGAGGGGAUUGUUUUCAUCCUGGCUGUACUAUUGUAAAUCUUUUGCCAGGCAAUUAUAUUUAUCCAUCCUUCCCAACAUCACACCUGUAGGCAAGCGUGUUACAUGGGUCAGAACUGACUGUCCAGGUGCAUAUACAAAUUCACCUUCAUGAUCCCUUUAUAAUAUGAACAAUUGCAUGGGUAUACAAGUUUAUAACAGAAAUCAUAACCUUUUCCUCCAUAUGUAAGCCCAUCUUCCCAUCUUACAUAUUUCGUACCAAACAUUACAUCCCAGGUAAAAAGUGAUAGGAUGAAAGGAAAUGGUGUUGAGUUGCACCAGGGGAGGUUUGGAUUGUUAGGAAAAACAGUUUUCAUGGAAGGUGUUAUCAGGCAUUAGAACAAGCUGCCUAGGGAAGCAGUGUACUCACCAUGCUUGAAGGUGUUGAAAAAAACAUGGGUAUGGCACUUAAGGAUAUGGUUUAAUGGUGAACAUGGUGGUGCUGCCUUGGUAGUUAAUGAUCCUAGAGGUUUUUCCAAUCUUAACAAUUCUAUGAUUUUGUAUCCGUAACAACAUUUCUUGGAGGAAUUGGAAUUUAUGUGAAAUGUUAAUACACUGCUAAGCACAGGGCUCAUCAGCUACUCUGACUCUUAGGUGCUGAUAGAACUUGACAAAAAAAUCUUCCAUUGGAUGGUAUUCUGGAUUGUGUACAUUAUCAAGUCACCAUUUCAGUAGUUUAGGAAUCAGUUUUACUAGGAAUUUCGCCUUGGAAAAAAAAAUAUACCUAUUCUACAUAAUGAUGCAUUUUUGGCUUGCAUUCUUUAAACAUGGCAUGAGUAUUGAUUGAAUACUAUAUCUGUUAAUGAUAAUGGUAUUUCCCAAUUUGCUACUAAAUUUUUUUUUAGUUUUGUUCAGGAAGGAGAUCUAUUUAAAAUAAUGAAUGUGUCUGGAACACUGUUUAAGGGUGGUAAUAAUUUUGCCAUUAUAAGAGUUUUGAAUUACAGCUGAAGAGGAGAUGUCUUUUCGCAUGGCUGUUUGAUUCUGCACAUACACAAGACUUACACGCAUAAAUUAAUCUCUUGUCUUCAUGCUCUAGUUUUUUUCUAAAUGUAUCCAAUAAAAUUCUUAUUACAUGCUGGUUGCA